AUAUGCUCCAAUAUUUCAGAGGGGCGGUGUGUGAGUGCCGCACCGCCAUGUCGCAUCACAGCGAUGAGCAGGCGCUGCUCACGGUGGCCUCCGACUCCUUCUGGGAGCCAGGAAACUACAAAAGGACCACCAGAAGGGUGGACGACGGCCACAGACUAUGCGGCGAACUACAGACCCUAGUGCAGGAGAGAGCAGACAUAGAGAAAACGUACGCGAAAAGUUUGCGAGGCUGGGCGAAGAAAUGGAACGAUCUAAUUGAGAAAGGUCCCGAAUACGGCACAAUGGAGGCGGCGUGGAAGGGCGGCAUGGUGGAGGCGGAGCGGCUGUCGGACCUGCACCUGAGCGUGCGCGACCGCCUCGUCAAUGACGUCAUCGCGCAGAUCAAGAACUGGCAGAAGGACACAUACCACAAGUCAAUGAUCCAGCUAAAAGAGCGCAAAGAAAUGGACGAAGCGUUCAAAAAGGCGCAGAAGCCGUGGGCGAAGUUCCUGCAGAAGGUGGAACGCACCAGGCUGGAGUACCACACCGCCUGCAAGCAGGAGAGAACCGCGCAGAACCAGGAGAGGAACGCCAGCGGCGACAGCUCGUUAAGUCCAGACCAGGUCAGUGACAUCGACAGAUUUGACAGAUAUAAUGGAGUUGCAGUUUCGCCACUUUUGGGUUUCAUUGUGGGCCUAAGGCCUUCUAGUUACUUUUGA